AACCCAUUUCUCUUCUUCAUUUUUCUUCUUCAUUCUCUCAAACUCACCAUCUCUCAAACCCAUUUUCAUUUCUCUUCUUCAUUUCUCUUCAACUCUUCUUCCCCAAUCUCUUCCCCAAUUUAAUUUCAAUUGCAAGGUAUUAUUUGUGUUUGAAGGAGCUUCCAAGGGAACAUUAGAAGAAAUAAUAGAGGAAGAUAGAGUAUGGAAUAUUAUUUGUACUAUCGUAGUUGGAUGUACGAUAGAUUGUAUCCAGGAAGAAGUGGACUUAAACCCAAUUUUAUAGAAGGAGUUAAUGGGUUUAUAAAGUGGGCGUUUGCUCAGGAAUGUUGUCGAAGCGAAGGGGGAGUUAGGUGCCCUUGUCUUAAAUGUGACUGUAGAUGUAUAAUUAGUGACCCAGAGGAAGUAGAACGUCAUUUGUAUAGAAGAGGUUUCAUUGAAAAUUAUUGGGUUUGGACGUCUAAUGGUGAACAACUGCCGAUGAAUGUGCCAGAGACUAGCAAUACGCAUGCUUCAAGCAGUCGUCCGACUAUGGAAUACGAGGAAAAUUUUAAUCUGAUUGGUGACAUGGUUGAGGAUGCUUUCGGUGUGAACGUGACCUAUGAUCAACCUGAAGAUUUUGAUGGGGAAGAGUUGCCGAAUGAGGAAGCACAAAGAUUUUAUCAGUUGUUGAAUGAGAUGAAUAUACCAUUGUUUGAGGGGUCGUCAGAUUCAAAGUUAUCAAUGUGUGUGAGAUUAUUGGCUGCCAAGGCAAAUUGGAAUGUCCCUGAUAGGUGUUUGGAAUUCUUCAUAAAAAUGAUGUUGGACUCAACUGCAACGAAAGACAACUUGCCUAAAACUUUUUAUGAAGCAAAGAAGUUAGUGUCGAGGUUGGGUUUAAGUGCAAGAAAAAUUGAUUGUUGCACUAAUGGUUGCAUGUUGUUUUAUGACAAUGAGUUUGGUACUAAUGAUGGAUUGUUGGAGGAAUGUAAGUUUUGUGAAAGUCCAAGAUAUCAAGUCCAAAGUAAAGCCAUUAACCGUCAACAAACACGUGUAGCAGUGAGGUCCAUGUUUUAUCUCCCGAUUAUACCAAGGUUAAAAAGAAUGUUUGCUUCAAUGCAUAGUGCAAGUCAUAUGACGUGGCAUCAUACAAACAAAACAAUUCCAGGCACUAUGCGACAUCCAUCUGAUGGCGAGGCAUGGAAGCACUUUGAUCGGAUGCAUCCUGAUUUUGCCGCAGAACCUAGAAAUGUCAGGCUGGGAUUAUGCUCUGAUGGAUUUACUCCGUAUGUCCAAGGGUCGGGAACUGCAUAUUCUUGUUGGCCAGUUAUUGUAACCCCUUACAACCUCCCUCCCGAGAUGUGCAUGACAAAACCAUACAUGUUUCUGACAUGUAUCAUUCCAGGCCCGUCGAGUCCAAAAGCUGGAAUUGAUGCUUUUACGUUGGAUAAAGGGAAAAAGAGCUCGUGGUUUGACUGUCACCGCCGAUUUCUACCAAGAAAUCAUACCUAUAGAAAAAACAAGACGGAUUUCAAAAAAGACGAAGUGGUAAGAGAUCAUCCUCCACCUCGAUUGUCACCAGGUGCUGUAUGGGAACAAGUUUGUGAUUAUCCAAAAUUCACAGAUAUUGGUAAAGCAUUUAGAAUUCCAGGAUACGGGGUCGAACACAAUUGGACAAAAAGAAGUAAAAUGCGACCCCAAUCUGAGAAGACUAAAGGUAAACGUCCGAGGGUAGUGGUAUGCGGGGCACAGACUCAGUCAGUAUCUUCCCGCCCACAGACUCAGCCAGACCGCAUGUCUUUGGCCAGCACUCAGCCUCUUAUGCCAUUACUCUCCUCUCCAUCGUUUAUUAGCCCACCCAGUUAUUCAUUUCAGCAUAGUGGGGGACCUAGCUAUCCAUUCCAGCAGACUGGGGGACCUAGCUUUCCAUUCCAGCAGACUGGGAGACCUAGCUUUCCAUUCCAGCAGACUGGGGGAACUAGCUUUCCAUUCCAGCAGACUGGGGGACCUAGUUAUUCGUACCAGCAGAGUGCUGGACCUAGCUUUCCACCACAGGUCCCCCCAGGUUUCCAGCAGACAGGGGGAUCUCGCACCACACAUUCGACACAGGUGCCCUCAUCCUUCCAGCAGACAGGGGGAUCACGUACCUCACCUAUACCUCCAGGCGGGGAUGAUCAUGUGGAGGUAGAUCAGGAUGAUAUUGAGCAGGAUGAGGAUGAUGUUUUGUUGGAUGGCGAUAAUCUUCAGGGGGACGAUAAUCCGGAUGAGAUUCAAAUCGUCGAUGGCAGAUAUUAUAUUACGCCUGUUGGACAUAAUUUUACUCCGAGUCGGACAGCUGCAAAGUGUGUGAGCUAUGUGAUUCAGCAAAUGUAUAAAGAUGCUUGGACGAGAUUUGGAGAAGUUCCAAAUAAGGAUGAUUGGUUUCAAAAAUUUAAGGAAAAGUGCACAUGGGAUGUUUUGAGCGAGAAGGCUGUUAAGAAAGUCUUUUUUACUAGGGCAUCAAAAAGACUUUCUGACACCUUACGACGUGUUAGAAAGCGUUGGGAACGUGAUAGUAGUUAUCCCGCUUGGGUGGGCAAAGACACUUUUGAUAAACUUCUGGUCUAUUGGGAUUCACCUCAAUUUAAAGCUAAAUCUGAAAGUGGCAAAAAAAUGAGGGCAUCUGAAAAAGGUGGGCACGUUAAUGCUGGUGGAAGUAUAAGCACCUACGAACAUAUGCGACGCAUGGAAAAGAGGUUGGGGAGAAAACCACUCAUGGUUGAGUUAGUUAAGGAGACUCGGACGAAAAAGUCGGGAGAGUAUGUUGAUGAGCGUACACGGCUAGCUUUGGAGGAUUAUCAAGAAAGGCUUGUACAGUUUUUGGUCACUAAUCCGCAAUUUACUCCUAGCGAAGGACAACCGCUUCAUCCAGAUGUUGAUUUUUAUAUUUGGAAUGAAGUCAUUGGCGGAAAAGGUCGUAAUGGAUGUUUUUUUGGUGGUGGAAGUAUGGCGGGAUGCUUGAGAAGUGGUGAUAGAAAUUUAUUUGAAAGAGUAAGAGAUGGGGAAGGAACGUCACGCCCAGCACAAUUGUCCCCACAAAUGAUGGAAACAAUAAGACAAUUGGCGAUAAGUGAGGCGAGACGCGAGUCAGAGCAACGUGAGAUGGCGUUAAAAGCCCAAUUAGAGGAGCAACAACGGCAAAUAGAGGCAAUGACGAAGAGGCAAGCGGAGAUGGAGGGGCAACAAAGCCUAAUAGAGAGAAUGGCCAAGAGGCAAGCGGAGAUGGAGGAGCAAAUGCGGCUAUUUAUGCAAUUCCAGGGAAACGGUAAUCAAAUGUUUGGUGGAAACGUUGGAGUUGGUGGUGCCUCGACAAAUCAACAAGAUAAUGAUGAAGAUUUAAACCUUGAUGAUUUUCCCGAUCCAGGAGAUACUUAA